CUCAAGCACCAACAUACUAUACAGUAUGUGUGAAACCCCGCCCUUUAGAGGGUGAAAGUGAAAGUAGAAGUUGUUUACUGCUGAACUUAACCGCCUUUUUCUUUCUAUCUGCGUCAGUGUGUUUUAACAGCGACAGGUCGAGGAGUUGAUCCGAAGAUUUACUGAUGUUCUAAAGUCAAGAAGAUGGAAAGAUCUGCGUCUACAAGUCCUCCGGACUUUAACACUGAACCUAGACCUUCACAAACAAGAUUCACUGAAGUCGAGAAGAUGGAUACAUCUCAGAGAGGAUCAGCGUCUUCAAAUGUCAGUUUAAUGUCUGAAAAGACUGACCGCUCCAGAGAAUAUCCUCCAGACUUAAACGCUGAACCCAGACCUUCACAGACAAGAGUCACUGGAGUCAAGAAGAAGCGUAAAUCUCAGAGAGGAACAGCGUCUUCAGCGUCUGCAGAGACUGACCGCUCCAGAGAAUAUCCUCCAGACUUGAGCUCUGAACCUAGACCUUCACAAACAAGAUCCACUAAAGUCAAGAAAAAGGGUAAAUGUAAGAAAACAUCAGCGUCUUCAAAUGUCAGUUUAAUGUCUGAAAAGACUGACCGCUCCAGAGAAUAUCCUCCAGAUUUGAGCUCUGAACCCAGAACUUCACAAUCAAGUGGCCAGACCACAUCAGGCAUUCGGCGGAAGCAGAACACCCUGAAGGUGUUUGAAUCUAAAGUCAUGGCUUUCGUAGAGCAAGCUCUGAUAACACAUAAGAAGGUCCUUUCUGAAAACCACAAAGAAUUGUUUGAGGAAGACGAGCAGGAGGACGUGCUUGAUGAUCAGCCGGUCGAGUUUGAUGAUGAAACAAGUGAAGCAGCUCUGAAGAUUGCUCUCCAUAUCUUGAGGGCCAUGAAGGCGGAUGAACAUGUUCACACACUUGAGCAAAGUCAUUAUGGAGAACUCGUCAUGUACCAACAGAAAAUAAAACCUUACCUGAAGGAGAAAAGUGACUGCAUAUUGGAAGAGACACAGCAGUGGCCUGUGCCUCUUAGAAAGAUUUAUACAAAGCUAUAUCUGAUAGAUGGGGACUGUGGAGAAGUCAACAUUGAACAUGAAGUAAGACAAAUUGAGACAGCGUUUAACAGAUGUCAGAAUUCUUCUGAAACUCUGAUAAAGUGUGAGGACAUCUUCAAGACCAAACCCAACCAACUAGACAAACCAAUCCGAACGGUGCUCACAAAGGGGAUAGCAGGCAUCGGCAAAACUGUGUUGGCACAGAAGUUCAUACUUGACUGGUCAGAGGAGAAGGCCAAUCAAGACAUCCAGCUGCUGUUUUCACUUCCUUUAAGGGAACUCAAUUUUCUCAAAAAUGAAACAAGAAGUUUGAUGGAGCUCCUGUGUGACUUCUCUCCAGGCCUGAAGGAAUCUGGAAUCAAAGACCUACAGAUGUACAAAGUUAUGUUCCUACUGGAUGGUCUUGAUGAGUGCAGACUCCCUCUGGAUUUCAACGGAAAUAAGAGAUGUUGUGAAGCUACACAGUCCGCCUCCGUGGAUGUGCUCAUGACAAACCUCAUUGCAGGUCACCUGCUACCAGAAGCUAAACUUUGGAUAACUACUCGGCCUACUGCCGCAAACUGCCUCCCUCCACAGUAUGUCGACCGUGUGACUGAGAUACGAGGCUUCAACAACCUACAGAAGGAGCAGUACUUCAACAAGAAAAUCGAUGAUGAGAACUUAGCCAGAAGAGUUAUCGCAAACAUAAAGUCGACUAGAAGUCUCUACAUCAUGUGCCACGUGCCAGUGUUUUGCUGGAUUUCCUCUAUCGUCCUUGGAGAAAUGUGCGCCAAAGCAGGUGGAGGAAAAAUGCCAAAGACUUUGACUCAGAUGUACAUCCACUUUCUGGCACAUCAGACUGCACAGAUUCAUGUCAAGUACGGCAAAGAGCAACAUCUGGACUCCCAAGGUAAUAGCAAGUUGAUUAUGGCACUUGGGAAGUUGGCCUUCCAGCAGCUGGAGAAAGGCAACCUGAUCUUCUAUGAGGACGAUCUAAGAGAGAGUGGUAUUGAUGUCAAAGACGCGUCUGUCUACUCAGGAGUGUGCACUCAAGUCUUUAGGGAAGAGUCCUGGAUGCAGCAUAAAGUAUUCUGCUUUGUGCAUCUGUCUGUCCAAGAGUUUCUCGCAGCUUUGUACGUCCACGUGAUGUACAAGGCCUAUGGAGUAAACCUGAUGACCGAAGAACUUGAACAGGUAGACCACGCCAUGCCUGUAUCCGAACUGCACAAAGCUGCAGUGGACAGAGCCUUAAAAAGUGACAACGGCCACCUGGAUCUCUUCCUGCGUUUCCUUCUCGGACUCUCUCUGGAAUCCAGUCGGGAUCUGCUCAGAGGCCUGAACAUCAAAGUAGAAACCUGUGACUCCCAAAGUCAUGAAGAAACCAUCAAGUACAUCAAGGAGAAAAUAAAUCAGACUCAUCAGUCAGAGAGGUACAUCAAUCUCUUCCACUGUCUGAAUGAGUUAAAUGAACACAUUCUGGUGGAGGAGAUCCAGAGGCACUUGGACUCAGACCGAGACUUGGCGAUGGACAAGUGCUCUGCAGCUCGGUGGGCGGCUCUGGUCUUUGUGUUGCUGACCUCACCAGAGAAGCCAGAGGAGAUCCACCUCAAGAAAUACUCCAGAACCGAAGACGGCCUUUUCAGGCUCCUACCAGCCAUCAAAGCAUCCAGAUCAGCAAAGUUGAAUGAUUGUAAUCUCACCGCAGACUGCUGUCAGAAGCUGUCAGAAGCUUUCAGCUCAUACUCUAAUGAGCUGAUUCACUUAAAUAUAAGUGACAACAACUUACAAGACUCAGGAAUCAUGUCUCUCUGCGCUGGACUCCAAAGCCCACACUGCAGACUGAAGACCCUGAGGCUGAACCGAUGCGGUCUGACCCAGGGAUGUUGUGAAAAGCUGGCUUCAGUACUGAGCUGGCCCUCAUCACAUCUCCGAGAGCUGGACCUGAGUGACAACGACAUUGAAGAUCCAGGGGUGCAGCAGCUCACCACUGGACUGGGAAAUGUGGUCUGUAAACUGGAAACCCUCAGGUUGUCGUUCUGUAACAUCACAGAGAAAGGUUGUGGUUUCUUGGCCUCGGCAGUGAAGUCCAACCCCUCCCACCUGAGCGAGCUGGACCUGAGCUACAAUCACUUAGGAGAGUCAGGAGUGAAGCUCAUCUCUGAAGCUUUGGAGGAAGGACGGAGCGAAUUAACUAAACUCAGAGUCGACCACAACACAGAACACUGGUUCAAACCAGGGCUGAGACGAUAUGCCUGUGAGCUGACAGCGGAUCCUGACUCUGCUCACAAACUCCUCGUCUUCUCUGACAACCGACGAAAGGUUAGCCAGGGCACAGAGGAGCAGCCAUAUCCAGAUCACCCCGACAGAUUUGACUACUGGCCACAAGUCCUGUUCCAGCAGGGCCUAAAGGGCCGCCAAUACUGGGAGGUGGAGUGGGAGGGGAAAUGGGCUGGGAUCGGAGUGGCCUACAGCGGCAUCAGUCGCAAAGGGUCGGGCAACGACUGCGUGAUGGGAUACAAUGACAUAUCUUGGAGUCUGCACUGUUCCGGUAAAGGCUACCGCGCGCAUCAUAACUUCGAGACCACUGUCAUUCCAGUCCCUCUGAAUGAUAACUCUGGUGGACUGGCCGUGUAUCUGGACUGGGAGGCUGGCAUCCUGUCCUUCUACAGAGUUUCUUCCGGAGGGUCGCUGACACACCUGCACACCUUCAACACCAAAUUCACUGAGCAGCUCUACCCAAUUUUUAGGGUGUGGGGUGAACGCUCCUCAGUGAGGCUGAGACGAGUGGAAUAAGUUGACAAAGAAAAGACUCAAUCAGGGAUGUUUGCAAUGAAUCAAUGUUUGAUUAGCAGACCCAAAUGGAAUCUGCAGAUUUAUUCUUUUGUUUUUUAGCGGUGAUCCAGAAAAAUGAAAAUCUGCGGGACAAUAUCCAAGUCUUUUACAAUAUUUUACUGUUUCUCCUCCUUAGUUUUUGGACAUGCAUCUCUACCACAGCCCUACAAACUGGUUGGUUUGUGUGUAACAAUCAUAGCAACGCACAGAGCUGACCAUAAGCCAUGAACAGGCAAGAGGCUGUAAACUGUCACAAACUGCAGUCCAUCUACCCUUCCCGAUGGUAGUGACGGGCUGACACCGGUGUGGACAGUGUGACAGGAAGAGGAGCUUAGCUACUUUCAAGAAUAACAACAAAAUUGCACAGUGAGUGUGAGGUCUUGAGAGAGAGAUGGUGGAUGAGGUCAGAGAAGAAAUGAACAGUAAAGCUGUCAAGUAGUUAAGUGUACAGUAUAGGUUGGUUUGUUUUUGUAAAUAUCUCAGGCGCCUGCGAGAAUAUACUGCAGUAAUCAGUACCCGGGAUACUAUUCAUCAUGUAUAGGUGAAUUACCUGGUUUCUCUGUGUUGCAUGUAAACAUUAUGCCGGGAUACAUUUUAUAACCAGAAAACUAAUCCAUGGAAACCCACCCGUUGAUUUAAGAAAUGUGUGCCUCCCUAAAUUGGACUUUCCUGCAGUUGCAUGAAGUCAUACUGCGGUUUGCUCAAAGCCUUUAUUCCGAUUCAGGUUGCUCAGGGGUGUAACUUUGGAUUCAACAUCGGGGGGGUCUGCAUGUCUGCAUGUAUUGAGAAAAGUGAAAAAAUUGUUGAAAAAGUUGACAAAAAUGUCAAAAGAAAGAAAGCGGCAGAAACAUUUUUUUUUUUUUAAGCUUAACUUUUGAAUAAUCGUUUGUAUUAUAGUAUACAACCGAUCAUCUGC